AUGCGCGAGCUGCACGCAUUUUCUCCGUCGCCGUCGACCUCCGCGUCGUCCACGCCGUCGGCUGCGGCAACGCCCAAGAGUGGAAAGGCGUCUCGGGCGCGCGUGUUACACGUCUCAAAAUCGAAGCCGCUCCCGUGUAAACUGUGCAAGGAGACGCACUUUAUCCUGCACUGCCCCGAGUUCACGAAGAUGACAGUCGCUCAACGGAAGGCGAAGGUCAACGCGCAUCAAUUGUGUGGGAACUGCCUGUCCAGCUUCCACCUGGCGCGCGAUUGCACAUCCGCCAAGCGCUGUCAAGUGUGCCACGACGCGCAUCAUACCCUGCUGCAUGCAGAUAAUCCGGUCGGGUCCGACAACCAGCGGGCCGCGGAAGCGCAGACCGCGGCGCACGUGGGGUGGCAACCGCGUGCGAAAUCAGUGAUUUUGGCGACUGCGCGAGUGCAACUGCAGGUCGAGUCCGGACGCUCGACCGUCGUGCGUGCCCUUGUCGACCAAGGGUCCGAACUCAACUUUAUCUCGGAAGCCGUGGCACAGCGGCUGCAAGUUACGCGUCGCUCGGUUCGCGUGCGCGUUACCGGGAUGGGCGAGACCGAGACCGCUCUCGCCCGCGCGGCGACAACCGUUGCGCUUCGCUCGCUGACGAGAGAUCCGUACGCGCGGCAACUCGACGCGCUCAUUCUACCGCGCUUAACGUCUUACAGACCUCCGGUCUGUUUUUCGUCUACUCAGUGGAAGCACAUACAAGGACUCGAACUCGCCGAUGACUUUACCAGCGCUACGGGGAUCGAAGCGGUUCUAGGCGCGGAAGUCUACGCGGACAUCCUCAUGGGCGACAUCCGCAAGCGCGAGAGGGGAUUGCCAGUGGCGCAGUCAACACAGCUCGGCUGGCUGCUGACGGGCACGGUCGCCGACGCGACCGCAUCGGAGCAGCUGAAUGACUGCUCGCUUCACUGCCAAAAGGACGAGGUAGCGGAACAACUACGUCGAUUCUGGGAGGUCGAGGAGCUGCCGUCCGCGUCUCCUUGGAGCAAGGAGGAGACGGAAUGCGACGAGCAGUACACGGCCACGCAUCAGCGCGCGGCGGACGGCCGCUACAUCGUUCGGCUGCCAAGACGGGAGGCGACGGACGGCACUGAACUUGGCGACUCGAGAGCGGUAGCGCGAGCUUUCCUGCUACGUCUCGAGCGUCGCCUCGCACGAAGUUCCAUCCUGCGAGAGGAUUACACGCGGUUCCUCCGCGAUUAUGAGGCACGGGAGCACAUGACACGAGUCGGCGACGACGACGGCAAACGCGCGGCCGGCUACUUCAUGUCGCAUCAUCCCGUGUUCAAACCUACGCCGGACGGAUCCAAGGUCCGCGUGGUUUUCAACGCUUCGCAGCCCACGUCGACGGGAGUCUCCCUUAACAAUGUGCUGCAGGUGGGGCCACGACUCCAGCAGGAGCUGCGGGAGGUGCUGCUGCGUUGGAGGAUGCACAGAGUCGUCUUCGCGGCGGACAUCGAACAGAUGUUCCGCCAAAUCGCUGUACAUCCCGAAGAUUGGCCGCUGCAGCAGAUCCUCUGGCGCGAAGAUCCGGAGCAGCCUAUCGGGUGCUAUCGCCUCAACACGGUGACAUAUGGUACGGCGAGCGCACCGUACUUGGCGAUACGCACCCUGCUGCAGCUGGCGCACGACGAACAAGACCGCUUCCCGGAUGCCGCGGCUCUGCUGCGACGCGGCACCUACGUCGACGACGUGCUAGGUGGAGCGGACUCCCUGAAUGAGGCGAAAGUGUUACAGUCCGACCUAAGACAGCUGCUCAAGGCGGGCGGCUUCAAUCUCAGGAAGUGGGCUUCCAGCCGAGUGGAACUUCUGGAGGGCAUCGCCCACGAGGAUCGAGAGGCGAUGGUGGAACUCGGGAAUCAUGAGCGGGCGACCAUAAUGCUGGGCGUACACUGGGUGCCGGAGUCGGACGUCUUUCGGUUUACCCAUCGUCCGCCGGUGCCACCCAGAAUCACCAAACGCGCCAUUCUCUCGGCAAUCGCGCGCCUCUUUGACCCGCUCGGUUGGUUGGCGCCGAUCGUAGUGGUCGCGAAGAUCUUGUUACAGGAACUCUGGCUACGAGGAGCGGAUUGGGACGAAGACGUCUCGCCGGACAUGGAGACUCGGUGGCGGAGGUUCUGCGAGGAACUCCCUGCCGUGGCUGACCUUUCGGUGCCAUGA